CAAUGCAGGGUACUUGGGUUCGAUCCUUAGUCAGGGAACUAAGAUCCCAUGUGCUAUGGAGCAGCUAAGCCCAUGUGCCACAACCAGAGAGUCCAUGAGCUGAUCAUGAGAUUAUGAUCAUGAGAAUCCAUGAGAUAUCCCACAUGAUGCAGCAAAGAUCUCCCAGGCUGCAACUAGGACCCAAAGUAGCCAAAUUAAAAAAAAAAAAUCCUGGAGUGUAGAAGGGGAGUGUGGAAGGGCUAGUAUGGAAAAAUAAGGACAGGACAACGUUGGAGGAGUGGAAACAGAAGAAUAAGACAAGCAUGGGAAACAGCCUCUAUGAAGUAAGAUAUGAAAUCAGCACAGUUUAAACUUUAGUGCCUCCUAAUCUUCCUGUUCCCCAGGAAUGGCCUUCCCUCUUCUGCCUCUACUCCCUGCAUAUUCCUUUUCCUUUAUUAAAACCUGCUGUCAGUGCAGUAAACUCAGCUUAGGUAUAAAUUUUGAGACUUGUAAGGCUUCAGAAAUUACCAGUUACUAAAACAUGAAACCCUUUUGUUGUAAAAUAUAACAAAGCUACAGAAAACUACAUAAAACGUAUAGCUUCAUAAGUUAUUAUGAAGACCCUUAUCAGCAACCCAGGACCAGAAACAGAACUUGGCCAGCUAUUUCAGAAGCCAGCUAUGUGCCCCAUCCCACCGCAAUGCCUCUCUCUUCUUCAAAGUAACCACUAUCCGGACAUUUAUGGGAAUUACUCAGAAGGAUUUUAUUUUAAUGGGACUAAAGGUUUAGCUAUAAAUAAGCACUAAUGGUAGAAUAUUAGGCAGUUGAGCGAUGUUUGGAGGAGCCACAAGAGGCAGCCAGGUCCCAGCACACUCAGAAAUGACACCACUUUGUACAGUUAGUUCCCUCUGUGCCUGUGAUUAAGACACAACUCACUGGGAGAUGAGCCCACAGAAGUCCAAGUACAGAGCUGUGCCCCUACCCUCAGCUCCAUUCUGUCAUACACUGAUCCAAAAAGAGCCAUACCCCGCAGUCUUCCCAAGGCAGAGCAAAAGUAGGUCCCAGCUCACAAUACUGGGGAGAGUGUAAGGGACUGGCGGUCUCUGCUCUGACCUGUGAGUCCGGGCCAUUGCUGAAACUUCCCUGGGCCUCCGUUUCUCACUGUGAAGUAUGGAGCCGUAAUAAAGCCCUUGACAAUCCCCUAUUCCUCUCCUAACUUGGCCCCCUUUCCUCAAUCUUGGUGUUUGUUUCCGCUGCCUAUUCAUACACGCUUUAAGAAGUUCAUUACCUUGCUUUCCCAGCUGGAUGUCUUUCCAGCCUUGUGUUCCUCUUUUUGCUUUUGAUCCUUAUACACUAUGAGUCUGCUUCAUUUCUACAUGUACUUUAUAAACACACAGAUAUGUCCUUGCCUGUUAGAGAUGCUGAACAAACGGUUGUAGGAUGAAUGAAUCUAUGAAACAAAUUGUCUCCUACAUUCAUAUAUACAUUCCUUCAAUAUUCAGCAGAUAUCUAAUACAUAGAGAGACGCCAACCUUUCCCUCUACACUCUAAAAUCAUUCUUCCUCCUUUUGUCCCCUUCCCCCUUGCUCACCGUAUCUUUUCUCCUUUCCCUGAGCCAUAAAGUUAGACUGAGUGCUCAGCAAGACAGGAUACAGAGACACACAACCAGGCCAAUGGAAACAGACACCAUGGAAGGGAGCCAGAUGAAAUAAGGGCAAAGACAGCUGUACAACAUGCAGAGAGAAACCAACCAGAAUGAAAAACAGUGAUUCAUGGAGCACUGCCACUCGGAUACUCCUUGGGUUUCACUCUGAAAGCUACUGCGAGAUUGAGCCAGCGACAGCAGCAAACUGCAGCAGAAGAGGGGAGGAAGCCAGCGAGUGCAAGAAGAGCAAAGGAGCCCCACUGGAUUUCCUUGCUCCACGGCGGAGAGCAUCCCAGAGCUCAGACAUAGGACGGCUAUCCUGCCCACGGUGACUCUGGCAUCAGCUGGUGAAGCAGUGGGUGAUGGCGUAUCUGCUGCAAGGCCGGCUGCCCAUCAAUCAAGAUCUGCUGCUGAUGCAGAAAGGCACAAUGAUGCGCAAGGUGAGGUCCAAAAGCUGGAAGAAGCUAAGAUUCUUCAGACUUCAGGAUGAUGGCAUGACAGUCUGGCAUGCCCGGCAGGCUGGAGGCAGGGCCAAGCCCAGCUUCUCAAUCUCCGACGUGGACACAGUACGUGAGGGCCACGAGUCUGAGUUGCUGCGCAACCUGGCAGAGGAGUUCCCCCUGGAGCAGGGCUUCACCAUCGUCUUCCAUGGCCGCCGCUCCAACCUGGACCUGGUGGCCAACAGUGUCCAGGAAGCCCAGACCUGGAUGCAGGGGCUCCAGCUGUUGGUGGGCUUUGUCACCAACAUGGACCAACAGGAGAGGCUGGACCAAUGGCUGAGUGAUUGGUUCCAGCGCGGAGACAAAAACCAGGAUGGUCGGAUGAGUUUCGGAGAGGUCCAACGGUUAUUGCACCUGAUGAAUGUGGAAAUGGACCAAGAAUAUGCCUUUCAGCUUUUCCAGACAGCAGACACAUCCCAGUCUGGGACUCUGGAGGGAGAAGAAUUUGUAGAGUUCUAUAAGUCAUUGACUCAGCGUCCAGAAGUGCAGGAACUGUUUGAAAAGUUUUCAUCUGAUGGGCAGAAACUGACCCUGUUGGAAUUUGUGGAUUUCCUCCAAGAGGAGCAGAAGGAAGGAGAACGGGCUUCUGACCUUGCUCUGGAACUCAUCGACCGCUAUGAGCCUUCAGAAAGUGGAAAACUGCGGCAUGUGCUGAGCAUGGACGGCUUCCUCGGCUACCUCUGCUCAAAGGACGGAGACAUCUUCAAUCCAACCUGCCACCCCCUCUACCAGGACAUGACUCAACCCCUGAACCACUACUACAUCAACUCCUCCCACAACACCUACCUGGUGGGGGACCAGCUUUGUGGCCAGAGCAGCGUGGAGGGAUACAUACGGGCCCUGAAGCGGGGGUGCCGCUGUGUGGAGGUGGAUAUAUGGGAUGGACCAAGCGGGGAACCUAUUGUUUACCACGGACACACCCUGACCUCCCGCAUCCCAUUCAAAGAUGUUGUGGCCGCUAUAGGACAGUAUGCCUUCCAGACGUCAGACUAUCCAGUCAUCUUGUCGCUGGAGAACCACUGCAGCUGGGAGCAGCAGGAGAUCAUCGUGCGCCAUCUGACGGAGAUCCUGGGGGAUCAGCUACUGAUGACAGCCUUGGAUGGGCAGCCUCCCACUCAGCUGCCCUCCCCCGAGGACCUUCGGGGGAAGAUCCUUGUGAAGGGGAAGAAGCUAAUGCUUGAGGAAGAGGAGGAAGAGCCAGAGGCUGAAUUGGAAGCGGAGCAGGAGGCUAAGCUGGACUUGGAGGCCCAGCUGGAGUCUGAGCCCCAGGAGCUGAGCCCUCGCAGUGAGGACAAAAAGAAGAAACCCAAGGCCAUCUUGUGUCCAGCCCUCUCUGCCCUGGUUGUCUACUUGAAGGCUGUCACAUUCUACAGCUUCACUCACUCGAGGGAGCACUACCACUUCUAUGAAACAUCAUCUUUCUCUGAAACCAAGGCCAAGAGCCUCAUCAAGGAGGCUGGCGAUGAGUUUGUGCAGCACAAUGCCUGGCAGUUAAGCAGAGUGUAUCCCAGUGGCCUGAGGACGGAUUCAUCCAACUACAACCCCCAGGAAUUCUGGAAUGCAGGCUGCCAGAUGGUGGCUAUGAACAUGCAGACAGCCGGGCUGGAGAUGGACCUGUGUGAUGGGCUCUUCCGCCAGAAUGCUGGCUGUGGCUAUGUGCUGAAGCCAGACUUCCUGCGCGAUGCCCAGAGUUCCUUCCACCCUGAGAGGCCCAUCAGCCCUUUCAAAGCCCAGACCCUCAUAAUCCAGGUAAUCAGUGGUCAGCAACUCCCCAAAGUGGACAACACCAAAGAACAGUCCAUUGUGGACCCCUUGGUUAGAGUGGAGAUCUUUGGCGUCCGCCCAGACACAACCCGGCAAGAGACCAGCUACGUGGAGAACAAUGGUUUUAAUCCAUACUGGGGGCAGACACUGUGCUUCCGGAUCCUGGUACCUGAACUGGCCCUGCUGCGUUUUGUGGUCAAAGACUAUGACUGGAAAUCCCGAAAUGACUUCAUUGGUCAGUACACCCUGCCGUGGAGCUGCAUGCAGCAAGGUUACCGCCACAUACACCUGCUCUCCAAGGAUGGCCUCAGCCUUCACCCAGCUUCCAUCUUUGUGCACAUCUGCACACAGGAAGUGUCAGAGGAGGCUGAAUCUUAAGGCAGCCACUUCACAGGCAGAGUGGAUUCACUGGCUGUAGAUGGUGAGAAAAAUGAAAAAACCUGGAAGGAUGCUCCAGAAAGCAAACAGUGGUAAAAACCCAAGCUUUGGACUGUGCCUUCUCAGGCACAAAAUGACUUGGUCCUUCCUGACAAGCAAAUGUAGGACCCGAUUUUUCACCUUCUUUCUCUUCCCUUUCUUCGUUGUCACAAGCUUCUGGCAUCAUUCCUGUCCUUUCCCUCUGCAGACUCUACACUGGAAUUCCUUCCUUCCUCUGGCUAUAGGCUCAACACCAUACCCAGAUCUAGGACAGUGCUUUCCCACCAACUCUGGCUCAAAGGCACAUUGCAGCUAGAAAUCCAGAGAGGGACUUGGGGGCAGAGAAACCCAAAACCCAAACCUCCACCCCUAACUUCCUCAAAGUCCAGAGCCAAGGGAAAGACAAAUCAAGCCUCAAGUCUCCCCAGGCAAAGGCGGGGGAAGGAGAUCUGAUCCCCUGUAUUGACUCUCAAGAGAACACUGCAUGGCCCUGAGAGUCCCCACUGGACUCCUGCUCACUUGUGCCACCAAUAUAAAUAGAGCUUCUCUCUCAAAUUGGCAUGAA